AUGGAGAAUAGCUCAAAUUCAGUUGAGCUUUACCUGAGCGACUAUACAUCUGACUUUAAUGAAAGCAGCAACAACAGUAACUCUUCCAGUCCAUCAACAAGACAGAUCCAGCCCUUAUUAGUCGUCGCGGUACCUGCAAUCAUGUUUGCCAGCGGAGUCUUCGGGAACGUAUUGGCGUUGAUAGUUUUAUAUCGUUCAAGGAACAGUCACAAACGAACAGUGUUUUACAGACUGGUUGGAGGGCUAGCUUGUACAGAUCUGUUCGGGACGGCGGCCGUGUCCCCUGUCACCAUCAUGGUGUACAAUAAUGGCCGGAGGUGGCUUGGAGGACAGCCAUUGUGUAACUACUUCUCUUUCAUGAUGAUAUUUGCUGGGAUGGCGACUGUUUUAAUUGUCGGUGUGAUGGCUGUUGAGAGGUACGUGGCCAUUAUACACCCCUACGAGUACGAAGCCAAAUUUUCGUCGGGAAAGGUGAUAUUCAUUUUAGCAGGUGUGUGGUUAUUUGCAUUCGUGGUGUCCUGCUUGCCUCUGAUGGGUCUUGGCACGAACGUUCUUCAGUUUCCAGGAACCUGGUGCUUCUUUGACUGGACCGGGGACAAGGUAACGGACAAGCUGUUCACGUAUUUCUAUGCCAGUGUGGGUCUGGUGGUGAUUCUCAUGACCGCACUGUGUAACGCAGCUGUCAUGUGUGUUCUGGCUCAGAUGAGGAGGAAGCUGAACAUGAGCCACAAAUACAGCCAAUCUGGACAGCUGGAUAACGAAGCUCAAAUGAUGGUUCUCCUUGCUGGUAUAAUACUCGUAUUUGCCACCUGUUAUGCACCGUUAAUGGUGCGGGUGAUUAUCAACCAAACAGGGAAGUUUCCAGUUAACCAUGCCAUGGAUUUGUGGGUCAUCCGUCUGGCUUGUUUGAAUCAAAUCCUUGACCCCUGGGUUUACAUACUAUUCAGGAAGGAGUUUUUUACCAGGAUUUGGCGUCUGGUCUACUGUGUUUUGUGCUUCAAGAAAAAGCAGACGACAUCGGCGGCCAUCUUGGAAAAAAAGGAUUUAAAGGCCAGAACAGAGCCUCUUACGUCAAAGCCAAGUGAUGAUGACGUGUUUGAAGAAGAGUGUGAUCCAGACAAUGCCAAAUCCCAAAAGUUGCAGAUUUUUAAGGAUUUGGGAUGCUGUAGCCCUGGGAGCAAGAAAGCCGAGCGGAAAGGUAGCGGUCGGUCAUUGCUGAUUCCCAUGAAGGAAUAUAGCUGUUAUGGUGGACAAUCGACCAGUGAUUGGUCGGACAUAAGAGAGGGCGAUGAGAAAUUAGCUGAUAGACCUUGCAUAAGCCAUGUCGAGAUGGCUUCCGCAGACGACAUGAGAAUAUAG